AUGACUGCAAGCUUAAGUAGCAUGCAAACUACUGACCAAACUUUGCACCUAAGUAACAUUACUACCUCUUCAGGGUCAAGAUCUGUUGAAAAGCAAAGAGGAGAAGUUGCAUCUGAAUUUGUGAAUCCUUUUCAUGUCACAGAAGACCUAAAUAAGGAACAGCAGGUUGCCUUCCUCUUAAAGGAGUUGGACAUUCUAAAAGCAAAUAAUAAAAAGCUUCAAGAGAAGCUGUCUGAAAAGGAUAAGGAGCUGAAGACAAUAAAGCUGGACUUAGAACUCCGUGACAGAGCUACAGAAGCUAAGAUUGCAGAGAGAGCUGCAGCUCUAGUAGAAGAAAUUCAUUCUGCUCAAUGGGAACGUGAUGAGGCAAUAAUGGCAAGAUUGAAGUUGGCUAAUGAAGAAAGAGAUGAAGCAUGUAAACAAAUGCAACUACUGGAGCAAUCUUUUGAGAUGCUAGAAAAUAUUAACCCUGAAGAAAAUGACAUGACAUUACAGGAAUUACUGAACAGAAUAAACAAUGCAGACUCUGGGAUGGCUAUACGAAGGACUGGAGCUGUAAUUGUCGAUCGAAUAUACAGGACUCAGGAACGCAAAAAGAAAAUAACGGCUGAAGAAAUGAAUGCAGUCAUAGAAGAACGAGAUGCUGCUUUGGCUCAAUGCAAACGGCUGGAGCAGGAGCUUCAUCAUAUGAAAGAGCAGAACCAGACUUCUGCAAACAACAUGAGACAUCUGACUGCUGAAAACAAUCAAGAACGUGCUCUGAAGGAAAAAUUGCUGGCUAUGCAACAAGAAAGAGAGGCUGCUGUUCAUCAAUACCAAAAGCUAGAAGAAGAGCUCCAGACUCUUCGUGUUUAUUACAGCCUUCACCAGUCUUUGUCUCAAGAAGUGAAUCUGAAGGAUCAGUUCAACUCUGCUCUGAUGACAUAUGAAAAAGCUCUGAAAAACAGAGAGGAGAUUGUCUCCAUGCUUCUUCUUCAAAAUGAGGAACUGGCAACCCAGCUUCAACAAACGGCAGAGGAGAAAGCAAACAUGGAAUUAAAGUUUCAGCAUGCUUCAGAGGCAUCACAGGAGGCCAGCAAAAAAAUUCAAAAGUUGCAAAGGCUGGUGGAUGUCCUGAGGAAGAAGAUUGGCGCAGGGACCAUUAGGACGGUGAUCUGA